CAGCACAGCCUCAUCAGGCUGUCUAUCUGAGCAAUGCCGUCCAACUUCUCUUUUCUUCCGCCAUUCAUAUCUCAAUCAUUUCAGGCCGGAAUAGCACGCAUCAUCUACGUAGUAAUCACAUUUCGGCAACCGAUCUUUAAAUGUAAUCUCCGAGAUGUCAGGUCUCGAGAUUCUUGGGGCCAUUGCGAGCUCUAUCGCUCUGGCACAAGCGGUCAAAGGGACACUCAAGGCUGUCGACUUUCUACGACAAAACUCUGAGAUGAAGAAGGAGUGUAAUAAAUUGAGCAAAGAAAUACUCAUGAUUGACUGCUUCAUCAUGCAGGCAAGAGAUCAGACAGACCCGAUGAUACCAGCACAACGACUCCUCGGAUCCGCAGAACACCCACUAGUCUCCUUGACAAUACAAGAGCUCGAGGGUAUAUUGGAUGAGCUUAACGAGGUUGUAGAGAAAUACUCGCGCUCUCGAAAAGCCCACGACCCGAAGAGAUACACAGAUAAGGUGAAAUGGUUAUCAGAUGCAAGCAAGAUCGAAGAGCUUCGUGAAAGGGCUCAGGCUACAAAGUCCAAUCUACACAUGGCAAUUACAUUUCGAGUUUCUUCCAUGGUAGACCGAGGAAAUGUGCGACAAGAAGUGCUCUUUCACCGCGUGACCCAACAGUUGGCUUACUAUACGCAAGAGACUCACAAUAUCUCUCAAAUCUUACCCAAGCUACUCCAAGGACCCCAUCUCAUGCCAGAAAGUUCAACCACAAGUCUACAACCUGGGGCACAAGGCAAAACGAUUUACAGCAAGCCGGACCUACCAGUAACGGAAGAGAACAGAGUUACUGAGGACUCGGAUGUGUCCUUGACAAGCACUGCCGAUCAUGGCGUUACCGAUAUCAAAGAGGAGGGCUUUGUCAGUGUGACAACCAUCCAACCCCUCCGCACACGCUCAUGCAACUCGAGAUGUAUGUGUCGAUGUCAUCGAGGACGACGAGAUCACACUGGUACAUGGGCAGUCUCUCUCUUCUCUUCAUGGCUCGUUCGAUAUGAUAAUACAGACAACAAUUGCCAACGCAGAUGCGGGUGCAAGUCGAGCAUUGAGUAUGAAUUUCGGCUUCCAAACUGGCUAUGGGCAGGAUUCCUUUCAUCUCAGGCAUCGCGAAGACCAAAUAUUACCCUCUCCUUACGUCUAUCAAGGGACUUUGAAUUUUACAACGACUUAUGGUUGACAAUGGCGAACCCAUUCUUACUAGAAACCCGUAUUAGAGAGGGGUUUGUAUACUUUCCAGAUGACACAGUUGGAGGUACCUGGCCUCUGUUAAUUAUAGCACUUCAUCACAAGAGUUCUGACUGUGUAGAAAUUCUUCUCAAGUUAUGGGAAAAUAUAUUACCAAGUCAGGGGCUAUCCAGAAACAUUGGAUACCGACUUAAACUAUAUGAAACUAUAGAGAGUUGGAGUGCAGUGAAUACAGCAGUGAACAAAGCAUUGUCUUUUGUGCAAGAUUGGGAAGACGUGAGCAUGACUAAAGUUCACAUAGCGGCAGCAGAAGGUGGAGUGUUGGACGCAUUACGGGAGCAACCUUGGGCUAUUGACGAACCAAACGAAUAUGGAGAGACUCCAAUCCACUGUGCAGUUAUGUAUAACAAUUUUGAGGGACUGGAGCAACUGAUCGCGGCCAAGGCUAACGUCAAUUGGCAAAGUCCUUUGGGCUUUACCCCCCUCAUGACAGCCGCCAACAACGGGAACGACACAAUGGUACAGAAGCUCUUGGGGUAUAGCGAGUGCCGGAGGCUUAUUGGGCAAAAAGAUGUCCAAGGCCAGACUGCGCUGCAUUUAGCUGUCGAGUCAAGAUCCCCAGCCUGUGUCAGACUGUUACUUGAGGCUGGAGCGCCCGCAUCAAAGCUCGAUCAUUAUGGUCAAGCUCCGAUGCACCGCCUUGCAUGGGGAAAUCAAGAUUAUCAGCAAGAAACCGGCAAGAUAAUCGAGCUUCUGCAAGAUCGUGGGGCAGAUAUCGAAUCGAAAGAUCACAAAGGUGCUACACCAGUCUUGUGGGCAUGUAAAAAAGGCAAUGUCCCCGUCCUGAGGGCUCUUGUUGGGGCAGGCGCGUCGCUCACUGCCAUCGAUUCGAAUCGGCAUUGCAUACUUCAUUUAGCAGCUAUCUCUGAAAACUUCGGUGUUGUCCAUUACCUUGCAGAGCAAGACCUUGGGGAUAUCGACCCACAGCUUCGAGAGCUCUCCCAGAGCAGCACUCCUCUGGGCAGCUUAAGGUGGAUUUUUGAUAGGUAUUGCUUCCCUACCUCUACCAUUCCAACUCAGAAUCAACAAAAGGACUUUAUCAAACUCUAUUUCGACUUGUUGAUACGCGAUUUGGAGCGUCAUUUGUCCACUCUCGGGGAUGUUCAAGAAGCAAUAGAAGAUAGAGACUCAGGGGCCACGGCAGAACUUCUCGAUAUACUUAUUAAGAGGAAUGAGGCCGGUUUCCGGCAGGAUCUUGUUGACUGGUAUAGAGGACUGCAGUUUUAUGUUUCAGAUGGUCAGUGGGAUUAUUUGAUGGAGGCAAUAUGCGAGGAAUAUGAUGAGGCAGAUGAAAAAGCUGAAAGGGCAGCGAUUGCGAGAGGGAAGACGCUAAGGGACCUGGAGAUGAAGGAAUUCUUUUGAAUUGAAAUGAGGACACAUAGCAAUAGGUUCAUAACGCCAAAUCAAAGAGCUAUAGCUCGAAAACGUUUCAUGCCUACUGCAU